AUGUCUCUCUGCCGGUCAUCACAACAGGCCCUGCGGCUGGCCCGCCUCCGCGCCCAUCAUCCCAAACAGCAUCACAUCCAGUCCCGCGCCAUCGCGAACCUCACGCCCCCUCACCAAGCAGCCGCCAUAUCGCGCCUCCAAACCAAUGUCGACCCCUCGUCGGAGGAGUACAAGGAAAAUGAGAAGCACAUGUCUGAAGUCACGGCCAGAAUGGCCGAGCUCACGCGCAAGAUCCAGCGCGGGGGUCCUGAAAAGGCCCGCGAAAAGCACAUUGCUCGCAAGAAGAUGCUGCCGAGGGACCGCAUCACGUCGCUGAUUGACCCCGGGACGACGUUUUUGGAACUGUCCCCCAUGGCCGGCUACGAGCUGUACCCCGAGGCCGAGGUUCCCGCCGGCGGCAUCAUUACCGGCGUCGGCGUCGUCGAGGGCGUCACCUGCGUCAUUGUUGCAAACGACAGCACAGUCAAGGGCGGCACUUACUAUCCCAUUACCGUCAAAAAGCAUCUCCGUGCCCAGGCUGUUGCGCAGGAGAACAAGCUGCCCUGCAUCUACCUGGUCGACUCUGGCGGUGCCAACCUCCCGCACCAGUCCGACGUCUUCCCCGACCGCGAGCACUUUGGCCGCAUCUUCUACAACCAAGCACGCAUGUCGUCGCAGGGAAUCCCCCAGAUUGCCGUCGUCAUGGGCCCUUGCACCGCGGGAGGCGCCUACGUCCCCGCUAUGUCCGACGAGUCCAUCAUUGUCGGCGAACAGGGCCACAUCUUCCUUGCCGGCCCUCCCCUCGUCAAAGCCGCCACCGGCGAGGUCGUGAGCGCCGAGGAACUCGGCGGCGGCAAGAUGCACUCCUCGGUGUCCGGCGUGACCGACUACCUGGCCGUCGACGACGCCCACGCCAUCACCCUCGCCCGACGAUCCAUCAGCAACCUCAACUGGCCUGCCAGAUCCGCCACCACGCAACCUCCUGCCACCACCUUCUCAGAGCCCCUCUACGACCCAGAGGAGCUCAUGGGCAUCGCAACCACCAAUCUCCGCAAGCCCAUCCCCAUCCGUGAGGUCAUUGCCCGUGUCGUCGACGGCUCCGAAUUCUCCGAGUUCAAGCGCGACUUUGGCACCACCCUCGUCACCGGCUUCGCCUCCAUCUACGGCCACAAGGUCGGCAUUGUCGCCAACGACGGCAUCCUCUUCGCCUCGUCCGCCGUCAAGGGCGCCCACUUCAUCGAGCUCUGCGCCCAGCGCGGCAUCCCCCUCGUCUUUCUGCAAAACAUAUCCGGCUUCAUGGUCGGCACCGCCUCGGAGCGAGACGGAAUCGCCAAGCACGGCGCCAAGCUCGUCACGGCCGUCGCCUGCGCCGACGUGCCCAAGUUCACCGUCGUCGUCGGCGGCUCCUACGGCGCCGGCAACUACGGCAUGUGCGGGCGCGCCUACAGUCCCCGGUUCCUCUGGAUGUGGCCCAACGCCCGCGUCGGUGUCAUGGGCAGCGAGCAGCUCGCCGCCGUCAUGGAGACUGUUGGCCAAAAGGCCGACCCUGAGCUCAGGGCUCGCAUCGAUCGCGAGACCGAGGCCACGUUCUCCUCUGCCAGACUCUGGGACGAUGGCAUCAUCCCCCCUCAACAUACUCGACGCUACCUCGGCCUAGGCCUGCAGGCUGCCAUGGGUGGGCGUAACGAGGUCAAGGCUGGAGAUACCAAAUUCGGUGUCUUCAGAAUGUAA